GGGCGGGGACUCGCGGAGGGCGACAGCGGGGGAAUGUCGGUCCUUGUGUGCUUUUAGCAGGUCGAAAAAAGGCAAAAUCUGUUGCUUAAUAUGAAGAAAAGCAGAGGUCGGACUGGUCGAAAUAGAAGAAGAAAACACUUGAAGAGUUUUAUGGAUGGAGUCAACUGCAGUCACAAGCUGGAAUACAUUAAACUUAAGAAGUGGCUAAAAGAGAGAGGAUUUGAAGACAGUAAUUUAAGGCCAGCAGAGUUCUGGGAGACAGGAAGAGGAUUGAUGACAACAAAAGCUCUUCAGGCAGGAGAUCUGAUUAUUUCAUUGCCUGAGAAGUGUCUGCUCACCACGGGCACUGUCCUCAGCAGCUGCUUGGGAGGACACAUUGUGAAAUGGAAGCCCCCAGUGUCUCCUUUGCUGGCACUAUGCACGUUUUUGAUAGCAGAGAAACACGCUGGGGAGAAAUCUCCAUGGAAGCCUUACCUGGAUGUUCUACCCAAGACUUACACUUGCCCUGCUUGUUUGGAACCUGAUGUCGUAAAUCUUCUCCCCAAACCCUUAAAAAAGAAGGCUCAGGAGCAAAAAAUGAUGAUCCAAGAGCUGUUCAGAACUUCCAAAGCUUUCUUCUCUUCCCUGCAGCCUUUAUUUGCUGAGAACACAGGAACUAUUUUUAAUUACAGUGCUUUGGAGUGGGCUUGGUGCACUAUAAAUACCAGGACAAUUUACAUGAAACAUCCACACAGGGAAUGUUUCUCCCUGGAGCCAGAUGUUUAUGCAUUGGCACCAUAUUUAGAUUUGCUAAACCACAGCCCAAAUGUUCAGGUCAAGGCUGCGUUUAACGAGCAGACGAGGAGCUAUGAAAUUUGGACAAAUUCACAAUGCAAAAAAUACCAGGAAGUUUUUAUCUGCUAUGGACCUCAUGAUAAUCAGAGGCUGCUGCUGGAAUAUGGAUUUGUUGCCAUGGAUAACCCUCACAGCAGCGUUUAUGUCUCACCAGAUACUCUCCUCAAAUAUUUCUCACCACUGGACAAGCAGAGAAAGGCCAAAGUUUCCAUUCUAAAGGAUCAUGAUUUCCUGGAGAACCUGACCUUUGGAUGGGAGGGACCAUCCUGGAGACUCCUCACAGCCCUCAAGGUGUUGAGUCUGGGAGCAGAUGAAUUCACCUGCUGGAGGAGGAUCCUGCUUGGUGAUGUCACCUCAGCCAGGAAUGAACAGCAGGCUUUGGGUACAGCAGCAAAAAUUUGUCAGUUGUUAAUAGAGGAGACCCAGCACGUCCUUCUCCAGAUUUCCCAGUUGAAAAGGGACAAAGAGAACCUCAAAACCCACCUGGCCUUGGUGGAAAUGCUGCGCUCAGAAGACCUCAAGAUCCUUCAAAAAUCAGCUGAGAUUCUUUGCAACUCGAAUUUAGGAACAACUUGAGCCCUCUGGAGCUGUGACAGCUGUAAUUGGUCAAGGAUUCUUGCCAGUUUAUUUCUCUUUUAAUGGACCUGAGCAGCAAAGAAUAAUUUAAGAAUCCCCCAGAAUAAUUUUGUUCUUUGCUGACUUUUACACAAAAGGUUCUGCUGAAGUGGAGAGCUCAAGCUCCUUGGUUUGGAGAAAAGAGAAUUUUUUUAA